AUGACGGAGAUCACUUUGGACUUCCUACGGGAACUGCUGAGAGAGGAGUAUCCUGAUGUCACAAUACAGGAGUUUGAUGGCGCGCCCGGCUCUAAGCGCGGUGACAACUACACUUCAAUGCUUUACCGAAUAUCUCUGACCGGCACCAGGAAACAUGUCGAACCCGACGGGUCUUCCGAAAGAGAAGAACCAUGGGAAGGUUCCAUCAUCUACAAAUGUCUACCAGAAAACAUGACCAGACGGGAGACAUUCAAAUCGGAUGAAUUAUUUUGCAACGAAGUGGCAUUUUACAACAAAAUCUGGCCGGCUCUAUCCAAAUUCCAAUCUUUGUGGCCUAAAGUUAAAGUACCAUUCAAAUCCUUGCCGAAAUGCUACUUGGCGAGGAAUGAUCUGGUGAUACUGAAGGAUCUGAAGCAGUAUGGGUUCGUGAUGCCUGAUAGGAGGCAGGGUUUGAGUGUGGAGCAGUGUUACUUCGUGUUGAAACAUCUGUCGCAUUUUCACGCGCUGUCGCUCGCAAUGAAAUGUCACAAUCCACAGGGUUUCUAUGAGUUGCUCAAUGAUAAGGAUGGAGUUUCUGAAGUAUUCUUCCUACCAGAAAACGAGGAUUACUUCAAGAACUACUACGCACAAGCUGGUAGAAACGCGAUAGCAAUGGUCGAAGAUGAACUGGCGGACAAUGAAGACAAAGAAAUGUAUUUGGAGAAGUUCAGACAGUUUUGCAGUGAAGACACAUUCUUCCAAUCGAUGAUGGAACUGGUGACUCCCAAGGAGCCGCUGGCGGUGAUAUGCCAUGGGGAUUGCUGGACCAAUAAUUUCCUGUUCAGAUAUUCAGAUGGUGAUAUUGCUGAAAUGUACAUGGUAGACUUCCAACUGGUCCGCUACGCAUCCCCCACCCUGGACCUGGCCUACCUGAUGUACCUCUGUCUGGACCGGCAGCAGAGGUCAGACCACCUGACCUCGUUGUUCGAGUACUAUGUCGAUGAGCUGCACUCUAGAUUGGUGGAAAUGAGCGAUGACGAUUCCGUGUUUCAUAGCAGUUUGAAUAGAGAUACUUUGUUUGACACCUUACAAGAAGAAUUUAAACGUAGCGGCCGAUUCGGUCUUGGGAUGGCGCUAGACAUGUAUCCUAUCAUGAGCUGUGACAGUGACGAAGCACCCAAUGUUUAUGAAAGUGAGGCCGAAACAGAUGACUGUAUCAAACCUGUGUGGACAUCAAACGCCACGUGUGGGAGGAAGAUGACCGAAUUAGUGCAAGAAGUAGUCGAUGCUGGAUUGUUAUAA